CUUUAUCAACAACACCCCCUAUCUCUGUAUCUCACAUAUCAUCACUCCUCCAAACUUACCGCAACCCAAUACCUAAAAGCUCCCCCCAUUAGCUUGUCAAAUCGACCUUUCACAUCGUCAUCCUCUUUAUCUGGAUCUAGGGCUAGCAACUCACGAGAAGAGCAAUGUCCUCAAUCUCCCAAAAUGGACAACUGGGACAACCUCUCCCCUGCCAGCAAAAUCAAGUGGCUGCUAAGUUCUGGGAUAGCAGCUGGGGCUGGGUGAUUUACCGAUGCACCUAUGCACCUGAGCUAGCUGCGCGCUGGGAGACCUUUAAGCGUCUUGUUGAUGAGAAGAUGCGCGAAUUUGUUGCCCAAUCUGACGCGCCUGAGAUUGUCGACCAGCUUGAAUGGGUGUUUGUCGACCAGGACCCAGAGCUUGAGGGUGCGUCGCUGGAUAAGCUUAAGCGUAGGUAUAGGGCAUGGGCGCGCGAGGAAAAUCAGAACCUAAAUUAUGAUAUCGAUCAUAUGCCUGUUGGUGUCAGUCGCGGGUCAAGGUAUACUUAUUUUAUUCAGGUUGAUGAGGAGGCAUUACGGAGUUUGCCAGUGGAUAAGGGGGAGGUUAGCAAUCUAACAACCUGUGAGAGAGCCUGAACUUUAUGUUGACUUGGAUAAUGAGGAGGCUUGGUAUGCAAUAUACUCGCCGCCGCCACAUGGCAUGUGUGUUGGCUAGCCAGCCAGCCAGCCUAAAGAAGCAUGUUAGUUGGGAGCGACAGAUGUAUUCGUUUCAUGAGCAGAUGAUCAAAAACAGCGUCAGGGUGGUGGGUUGAUGCAUAUUGCAUUGACA